AUGAACACCUUCCUGCUCGCCGCACUGUGCCUCCUGGGAAGCUGGGCUGCCCUGGCAGAGGGAGUCACCGUGCAGGAUGGCAAGUUCUCCUUUGAUCUGGAGUCCGUGAAGAAGCUCAAGGGCCUCAGGGAGCUCCAGGAGCCCAGCAUUUGGAGCCGAAGGCAGUUUGAUGGACCUGCGGUUCCCACCCUCUGUAGCUCUCCUAAGUUUCCCAAAGAACUCAAGCCUGUCUGCAAGGAGCCCAAUGCCCAUGAGAUCCUCCGGAGGCUGGAGGCCAUCGCUGCGGACCCGAACACAUGUGAGCUCUGUGCCUACGCUGCCUGUGCCGGAUGCUAG